CGUGAGAGGAUGAAACAAGAGAUGAUCGAGGCCAAUAAGGAGCAGCAAAGGCUGAAAGAACUGCGUAAAAGGCAGGAGGCACAUGAGGAAGAACGAUUCCGUCGACAAAUGCUGGAGAAGUUUGCUGAGGAUGAUCGCAUCGAGCAAUUGAACGCACAGAAGAGGAGGAUGAAACUGGAGGAGCACAAGAGGGAAGUGGAGAGACUCUGGAAAGUCAAAGGGCAAAUGUUCGAGGAACAGAGACAAGCUGAGCUGGACACGAUGGCGCGGAAGAAGGCUGAAGAUGCAAAACUGGAGGCACUUAUCGAAGAAGAGCGUCAGCGACUUCUCACCGAGUACGCAGCAGAGUUGCAAGGGUACCUCCCAAAAGGCGUAUUAAAGAAACCGGAGGAUCUGGAGCUCAUCAAGCAUGCGGCAGAAGAGAUUGCGAAGAAGAAAGCUGCCGGGCCGGCUUGUCAGGUGACAGACAGUGUGCUGAACAUCAUGCAGGGUCUACCCAGUGGCACGCUGCUGCUGUUUCAGAGUCCAUCAGAUGUCAGAAGAUAUGCAGUGGCGAUUGCACAGCACGCUGUUGCUGCAGAGUCUGUCAGAUCUCAGAUGACAGACAUAUCAGGCUGCUGCUGGAGAUUCUGUCAGAUGUCAGAUGACAGACCGUUCUGCAGGGUCUAUCGGGCGUCUGCUGCCGCAGAGUCUGUUGGAUGUCAGAUGACAUGCAGCGUGCCGAACAUAAUUGGUAGAAAUGGGACCAACAUGCACGGCAGUGGGAUCACCUAUGAUGGGACCAACAUUGGGACCAACAUCGGGACCAAUGAUGCGACCCACGAUGGGACGAACACGCAGAGGGGUGGAACCAUCAUUUGGACUAACAUUGCGACCAACAUUGGGACUAACAUUAGAACCAACAACCAGCGUGCACGGGAACCAAGAAGUGGUAGAAAUGCGACCAACAUGCACGGCCGUGGGAUCAACAUUGGGACCUAUGAUGGGGUCAACAUUGGGACCUAUGAUGGGACAAACAUCGGGACCAAUGAUGCGACCCACGAUGGGACGAACACGCAGAGGGGUGGAACCAUCAUUUGGACUAACAUUGCGACCAACAUUAGGACUAACAUUAGGACCAACAACCAGCGUGCACGGGAACCAAGAAGUGGUAGAAAUGGGACCAACAUGCACGGCCGUGGGAUCAACAUUGGGACCUAUGAUGGGAUCAACAUUGGGACCUAUGAUGGGACCAACAUCGGGACCAAUGAUGCGACCCACGAUGGGACGAACACGCAGAGGGGUGGAACCAGCAUUUGGACUAACAUGGGCUGAGGGUUAGCAUUCACAAUGGCGCCGGUUGCCUGGGUGCCAGGGCGCCGUCGCGCUGCCACGCACACGUACACGUGCGCUGGCGUUUGCCACGUGCACUGCCGCGAGC